GGGAGGCGAGCACAUCAGGAAGCGUGUUUAAUUGGCGCGACAUGGACGACAUACAGAGAAGCACGAGGAGGCCGGCCUGCCCCCUCCCGAGACACAGCUGGCGAUCAGACAGGACCGCACCCCAGAAAGAGGCCGAGGGCUGGGGGGCGAACAAAGAAAACGCCGCAGCGGGGAGCCCUGCCCUUUUGUGUUUUGGGUAAGAGUUCCCCAAAUUCCUUUCCUAAGCUGCAGGCUCCCAUGGGGGUGCCAAGCCCGUCCGAGCCCUGCACUGGCCGCUCAGUUCUGCUCCCAGCAGACAUUCUCGCCCCCACCUGAGGGAUGGGAAACGGAGUCCCACUGAACCAAAAUCACUUGCUCAGCGUCUGGGGCAGGUCCCUCUCCAGCAAAGACCUGGGUAAUGACCAUGGACAGCCCGGCCGGGCAGGGGCGGGGGCGGGGCGGGCUGCAGUCUGCAUCUGUCCCAGUCCUCAGGAGUAGACAGAGCCUGGGCCUAGAUGCCAAGACAGAGAUGGGACCAGCUGUUUAUUCAACAAAAGCCUUUUAUUCAUUCAAAAAUCGACCAUUGGGUUUAUUCUGCAGAUAUUAAAAAAAGGGGGGGCCUUCUCAUCACAGUGCCCUUACGCUAACUAACUCAUCCCUGGGGGACACCUAGAGAGGGGCAUCCGGGAAACACACCGUCAAUAAUGUGGGGCUGGAGGCCAGGGCUGAGGGGAGGCCACAGCCCCUGACUCGCCUCCCCACCACCGGCAGCCUCCCACCCUCGGGCAUCACCUGUUUAGCCAAAUGCCUUUGCAGCUCACCGCCACCAGGGGGCGCUCCCACAUUCCCUUCUUGGAUCCCUUAGAUGUGGAAGCUGGGGUGGCAGGCAUGAGGCUUUCUCCAGGGAGAGGCUGCCUCUGCCCAGGAAACUCGGGCCCCCCAAUCUCUCCCACCCCCCCCACCCACACCCACACCCACACCCCCAGAGAGAAGAGACAAAGUCCCAGAAAGCUCAGGCGUGUCUGUUGUCUAUGGAGCUGGCUGUCAAACAGGGGAGAGAGGGACACGUUCGCCUGACCUUCCCUGAACGCUGCCUAGUUAAACGCGGGAACCCAUGGCCUUCUCCCAAGUACCAUCCACACAAAGGGGCGCAGAGGCUGCGAGGAAGAGGCUGGGCCCUGCUCCUGGGCCCGGGAGUGAGGCUGGGCAGAGGGACCAAGAGCCAGGCUCCCCGCUGGUCUGGAGUCCCCAGGGAGCAGCAUCGCACGGGGUCACAGGGCUGGGCCUCGGGUGGAAAAGGGAGAGGCCCACAGGCUGCUCUGGGUUCCCAGGGGCCACAGCCAGGGGCCUGGUGAGAGAAGGGGACAGGACUGUCCCUGCCUGGCAACCUCGGCACAAAUGCCCGUGUCUAGCUCGCUCCCGGGAGGAAGGAGGGCCCCUGGCAGUCGGAGCUGUCUCGGGGCACGUCCCCAAGGUGCGCCCUGAAGCCUGGGCCCAUGGUACCACUUGCUCCGCCUCCCUGGACAGUGGAGGAAGGUCCCGCAUGCAGAUGCUCUACCGAUGCCUGGGAAUCGGCCUCAGCCCGAGGGGAGGGUGCGGGGGGGGCCAUGUGCUUGAUCCCAGAGAACGUUUAGCCACAGUCCCUUUCCCGCGAUGCCUCCGGGGCAGGCUGUGCAACAGCAUCCUUCCCGCUGGACCGGAGAAGCGGCUGAGGCUCAGGCAGAGGCCAGAAAGCAAUCUGACCUGGGAGGGGCCCACUCUCUCUUCCCCUCCAGCCCCAAGGGGCCAAGUUCGUCUCCCGCCCUGGGGUCCCAGGUCAGAGCCAGGCAAGGGGACUGCGGGAUUGGGAGGUGGGUCCUGGGCCUCCUGGGCCAGCGUCCGGAGCAGAAAGGUGACCACAGGGGCUCGAAGAGCCCGGCCUUCAAAGUCACCUGUGAAAAUGGAACUGCUGCUCCCAUCCCCGCAGGACCUGGGGGCUGACAGUGGGGGCAGCGUGCAGCCCACGGGCCCGUGUGUGUGAGAACGGCAGGUUCUGGGGUCGGCAGACAUGCAGCCCACGGCAGAGCCCCUCUCAAAGGGCAUCCUCUGGGGAGGGUCUGAGGCCUCAUUAGCAGGAGAAGCCCGGCCUCCUGGGAAGUGCCACGUGGAGACGGAGGACAAUUCAAAGUGGGGACAGGGGCCCGGCUCUAGGGCUGGGCUGAGCGGGCGAUCAGCAGCGGGAACUCGACUCAGGUCCUAAACAGUCCGGGAGCUGCUCCUCGCCCCACACCCUCCUCUGGGCGAGGAACAGUUCUGGAGUCACCUGAGCCCACACCCCACACCAGGAUCACCGUGCCCCUGAAGAUCUGGCCGCAGACGCCCCGUGUCUGCUGGGGCUGGCACUGAGCCACACGCCAGCGGAUCGGUACGUGCAGGAAACUCCCACUUGGAAUCACACUGUGUCAGCACGGACGGACCUUCCACAUCACUCAGCCAGGCCUCGGGGCUCUGCUGGGGGCAGCUGGGGCAAGACAGGGCCGGGGUGGCCCACAGUCUCGGAGCUGGAGCCGGCCUCGGGCUCCUGGCCUCCGUUCAAGGUCGUCUGGCUUUCCUGGUGGCCGUUCUGGGGCCGCCCUUUCUAGGGGCAGAUGGAGCUAAAAUUCUUCCUGUGAGCGCAGGUGGGCACAGCCCCGAGAGCAGCCACCACCUGUACGGGGUGACCUGCACCCUUCUCUUCCCUCCGGUCCAGCUUCGGCCAGGCGCCAGGCAGGCAGGAGAGCAGAGAGGGGAGCCUGCCCACGCGGAGGGAGGACGAGCCCCCACUUCUGCUCACCUGCGUGCCAAGGCCCCUCCAGUCCUCAGUCUUUCCCUCUGUAGCCGCCCUGCCUGGCGCCGGUCCCAGGCAGGACAAGCCGUCCGCUCUCCUCGCUGCUACAGACACCAAAGCAAGAGCCGAGAAACCAAAAGAUGCCCCCCGUUCGUCCUCAGAAAGAUGCUAAGGACCGGGGGGAGGACACAGGACCUCAGAGUGUGGACGGGAACAGAGGAAGGGGUUCAAGGAGGAGGCAUCCGGGCCGGAGGGAACAGAGCGGUAGCCAGUUAAGAAGCCCGCCUUCCCCCUCUCCAAACAUCAAGCACAGCAUCUGAAAAAACAAAGUUUUUGGCUUCUCGGCCGCUGCUGGCAGGUGGGCGA